GCGACUAUGGAUGUCGCUAUAAAGAAGUCUCGCGUGCCUGUUCUUCAACUAAAACUAACUGUUGACCGUGAGCAGCGAGCACACAGACACAAGACAGAAGACAGUGACGCGUCAUUGUUUCCGCAGCAACAGGAGGAAGACAAAGAUGGACACCGUGCUGGACCCGUUCUCCGGACUCGACUCUUUCUCUUCCCCUCCUUAUUUCGACGAUGACGACUUUUUCACCGACCAGUCCUCCAGAGACGGACACUUGGACACUGAUGACUUUUUGGAUGACGACGUGGACUUCCUCACCAGUCAUUUCCAAGACUAUUACAGCAAAGACGGCGGCGGCAGAGCGCCGCCUCACGAUGGAGACUACGACAUCGGCAACUUGUCCUUCUCCUCCUCGUCCUCCACCUUCUCGUACGGCUGCGCAGACAGCAACCCGGACCUGUCUCCUCAUCAUGGCGGGCCGUUACUGAAGCGGAGGAGGCGGAUGAGGUCUGAGAUGGAAAUGCAGCAGCUGAGGCAGGCGGCCAACGUCAGGGAGCGGCGGAGGAUGCAGUCCAUCAAUGACGCGUUCGAGGGGCUCCGCUCCCACAUCCCGACCCUUCCCUACGAGAAGAGACUGUCCAAAGUGGACACUCUGAGGCUCGCCAUUGGCUACAUCAACUUCCUCGCCGAGCUCGUGCAGUCUGAUCUGCCCAUUAGAAACUCCAGCAGCGACACUCACGUGCAACCCAAGAAGGUCAUCAUCUGCCACAGAGGAACAAGGUCUCCCUCUCCCAGCGACCCGGACUACGGCCUUCCACCUCUCGCCGGACACUCUCUGUCCUGGUCGGAUGAAAAGCAGCUCCGCGAGCAGAACAUCAUCCGCACCGCCAAAGUCUGGACUCCCGAAGACCCCCGAAAACUUCACAGUAAAGUGGGCCUCACGGACAUUGAGAACGAGCCUCCUUUCGGUCUCGUAGCCUAAACAAACCCGGCAGAGUCCUCCUGGCUGCUCGUGUAAACGCACAUUGUGAAUGUGAAGAAGUUAUUGUCUGUUCUUGUGAACACCAUGUGAGCUCACUGUACAGUUUCUGAUGUUGUUUCAAUGUUGUAAAUAGUUUUUAUCACGUUGAUAAUUUUAUUUUUGUAAUUCAGGCAACUGGCAAUCAUUUAUUUAUU